AUGUUUCUACAGAAAGGGAAAGAAACAAUAAGAAGAGACCACACAGCAAUGAAAAAAUUUAACUUCAUAGCAAAAUUCCGUGAACCUCAAAAACAAGAUGGCGAAAAAUCGACAAAUGAGAACAAACCAGGCUCAUCCCAGGCCAAGGACAAACUCCUGUCCUGUACAGAAACGGAGAAGUUGACAGCAAGAAAUGAAAACCAAAUCUGUGAUGAAGGAGACAAAAAUAAGUGCAAGACGGUGGCCACUAGAACAAGACUAGGUGUCCUCUUCAGGGCUCCAUUGGUGAUUAACUGCAUGAAGGGGCUAUUUCAAGCAAAAAGAAAACUUAAUAUAGGCAGCUCCUCUGGACGUAGAAGAAACAGAGAAGAUGAGCCAAAUAUCACCAGCGAGUAUGCAGAAGUCCAAAUUCUUGACCUCAUUAAACGCAUGCGGGAAAGAACCAGCCAUUACAAGGAUAAAUUGGCUGAUGUGAAUGUUUCAUCGGCAGAGACAAGCCCUACAGCAACUCCAGCUAAAAAGAAACCUGCAAUACCCCUGCCACCUCCACCACAGCCGCCACCUCCUAAAGAAGAAGAAGCAAAGACUGAAAAAGAAAAGGAUGUUGACAAGCAAAUACAACCAGAAGCAGAAGAAGAACAUUAUUGUGAUAUGCUCUGCUGCAAGUUCAAGAAACGCCCAUUUCAUAAGUACUUUAACAAGUUCAAGAUACCCGACUCCAUUGAUGGUUAUACAAAUCCAUUAUAUCUGUUCUGGCUGCUUAUUGUCGCAUUGACAUUCAACUGGAACUGCUGGUUUAUUCCACUGCGAAUCGUAUUUCCAUUUCAGAAUGCCGACAACCUCUUGUACUGGAUGAUCAUUGAUUAUACCUGUGAUACUUGCUAUCUUUUGGAUAUGUUUGUGUUCCAGCCACGUCUCCAGUUUGUAAAAGGAGGUGACAUAGUGACAGAAAGAAAACAAACAAGGAAAAACUACUGGGAAUCUACAAAGUUCCGGCUUGAUGCAGCAUCUGUGAUACCAUUUGAUCUUCUUCUGUACAUCGUCUUUGGAUAUAAACCAUUGUUCAGAUUAAACAGAAUGUUAAAGUACAGCACAUUCUUUGAAUUUAAUGAUCGUCUAGAAGCUGUCCUCAAGAGAGCAUAUAUUUACAGAGUUAUCAGAACAACCGGUUACCUACUGUUCAUCCUUCAUAUUAAUGCCUGCAUUUACUACUGGGCUUCCACUUACGAAGGCAUUGGCAGCACCAAAUGGGUAUACGAUGGAAACGGCAACAUGUAUCUGAGAUGUUACUACUUUGCAGUACGGACUUUGAUCACAAUAGGUGGCCUUGCAGAACCUCAAACAUUAUUUGAAAUACUUUUCCAGCUCUUAAAUUAUUUUUCUGGGGUCUUCGUCUUUUCAAGUUUGAUUGGACAGAUGCGUGAUGUGAUUGGAGCCGCAACUGCAGGACAAAGCCAUUACCGUGCCAGUCUGGAUAAAACUGUAGGCUAUAUGAACAACAACAAAAUCCCCAGACAUGUUCAGAAGCGUGUACGGACCUGGUAUGAGUACACAUGGGAUUCACAAGGAAUGUUGGAUGAAUCUGAGCUCCUCGAGGAAAUGCCAACAAAAAUGCAACUGGCUAUAGCAGUGGAUGUAAAUUUGGCGAUUGUCAGCAAUGUGGAAUUGUUCAAAGGCUGUGAUAACCAGAUGAUUCAAGACUUGCUGUUAAAACUGAAAUCCAUUGUCUAUUUACCGGGAGAUUUUGUUUGCAAAAAGGGGGAGAUUGGAAGAGAGAUGUACAUCAUCAAGCAAGGUGCUGUACAGGUUCUCGGUGGACCAGAUGAUACGAAGGUCCUGGUUACACUGAAGGCUGGAGCUGUAUUUGGAGAAAUCAGUCUCCUAGCUGCUUCAGGAGGAAACCGCAGAACUGCUAAUGUGGUGGCCCAUGGAUUUGCAAACCUUUUCAUUCUGGAUAAGAAGAGUCUUAGUGAAAUUUUGGUUUACUAUCCAGAUUCCAAGAAGCUGCUUACAAAGAAAGCCAAGAAAUUGCUGAAGGAUAAAGGAAAGCCCGCAGCACCCACCGCUAUUAGGAAAGGAUUUGCCCACUUGAUACCCAAUAAACAGGAAACUCCUCGUCUUCUCAAAACUUUAAUGGCAGCUGCCGCUAACAAGCCCGGAUUCCGCUUAUUACACAAGGCGAAGCAGCAGCAGCAGAACGAACGGGAAAAACUAGCGGAUAAUAUGGCAAACGUGGCUACUGAGAAGAGUGCUGUGCCCUUAAAUCAAGGGAAACCGGAGAAAAGUGAGAAUUUGAAAGCACAAGAACCUGGCGAGCAAGCGCAACGUGAGGAGAAGAUGGAUAAUGUCAUCUCAUCCAAAACAGAUGUACCGGCGGAAGCAAAGAACAGAUCCUACAUUAUAAGCAUGUCUCCUUCAGCUAAGGUGGGAGAAGGAGAAGUUCUCACUGUGGAAGUCAGAGAAUCGGAAAAGAAAGCUUAGUUUCUGCGUGAAGGACUCUUCUUAUCAUCAUUAUACGGUAGUUUUAUCCUUUAUCUGAGGAUAUUCUUUACAUUGAAGGGGGUUCUCCAGGAUUAUAAAAAAAAAUGACAGCAGGGAGUAAGCUGAAAUGUUAAAAAAUAGCCAUUACGCACUUCUUAAAGGGAACGUGUCGUCACUGCUGUAGGAAAUGCUGCUGGAAGGCUGCAGUACUACUGCGAGCGCCGCUGCCUCCUCCAACAGCUAAAAGGCGUAGCAUGACCUAUCCAGAGGAUAGGGCAUCCGCUAUAAAGUCUCAUGAAACCCUUUUAACAGCAUUUAGAGACAGGGACAUAACUAGGAAAGACUGGGCCCCAUGGCAU